AUGCGCGCCUCAUCGGUCCUCAUGGCCCUCUUCGCCACCCUCGCCGUCGCCGUCCCAAGCAACCUCGACUCCGUCAAUCUCCCCUCCCUCCUCGAGAGCCGCCAAUGCGCAAAGGCGGGAACGUGCUCCAAGGGCGGCGAUAAGGGCGAGAGCUGCUCCGCGCUAAAGUGCUGCAGCAAUUCCAAGUCUGGUCGUGGCGGACAGGUCUGCUGCUGUAACUAA